AUGCCCUCGUCAGAAAUGCUAAUGAAUCAGUGCAUGACUGGUGCUAUCUGCUCUGUGGAGGUCGCCUCUUCCGCCAACACCCUUAUGACAAGUUCACAGCAACCCCAUGAUAGCUGCCCAUACCUCCUGCCCCAUGGGCAUCCAAACCCUCUGUAUCCCAGACCCAGGAUUCCAACAACUUCAGACUCGUCUGGCCAUCCGUGCGACAUCAGUGACAACAAGGAGGAAUGGCUGGCAAACGCCGUGGAGAAAGAGGUGGUGGUGGUGGGCGGCGGCGUGGCCGGCUUGGCGGCGCUCAAGAUGCUCUACAAUAACUCGUUUACGAACGUGCACCUUCUGGAGGCACAGGACUACUGGGGCGGCAGAGUCAAGACCCACAGGGAAGCGCUUCCUUCGGGCAAGCAGAUCCUGACGGAGGACGGCGCCGAAUGGAUCCAUGGAGGCCUAGGAAACUUUCUUUACUAUAUCGCGCAGGAUCUGAAUAAAUUCACUGAGCCUCUAGACGAUUCUGCCUAUCUCUGGAUGGCCAGGACGCAGUCAGGAGAGGAUGCUGACCCUUCGGGCUUCGACGUGGCCGAGGGACUGAUGCAGGAAUGCGAGAAAGACAACGUGCAAGCCCAGUUCUAUGGCUCUGGCUACGGAAAGUGCUACGCGGACAAGUUUUCGGCCAAAUACGACAGUUCUCCGGCGUAUCAGCCGGAGAAAGACGCUGGCUGCGACGUGUGCGCGGCCGAGGCUCGACUAACGCUUCUUUCCUCACUAUGGGUGCUGAAGGACACGGGCCUCGGAUGGGAGGAUCAGUCUAUGGAGGACGCGGAUCACUUCACUGACUGGGGUUAUGAUAUGAAUCAGUGGGCGGACGGCUACGACGCUAUUGUCAAUUACCUUAGGGAUGGCCUCCCUGAAUCGACCAUGUCCCUGUCGUCGCCCGUGUGCAGGAUCUUCUGGGACAUCGUCGACGGGAACUCCGAGAACAAGGUCCUGGUGGUGACGCAGGCCGGCGCCUCUUACCUGGCCGACCACGUCAUCCUCACGCCCUCCAUCGGGCACCUCAAGGAGCGCCAUGCCAGCCUCUUCACGCCCGCACUACCUGACUCCUAUCAGGCGGCCAUGGCGGCGACGGAACUCGGUCUGUGCAACAAGGUGCAGAUGGGCUGGGAAUCUGCGUGGUGGAGAGACCAGCAAAACUUGAACCUCAACCUUCAAGUCAUUUUCACCCAAGAUAUUCCUGAAGAGAUGUCAUGGCUGUAUGGGAUCAUGGAGUACCUGACAAUACACCAACAAAAUGAAAUGUUGCAAGGUUUCGUCACAGGAGAAGAAGCAAUAACGAUGGAAAGCAUCCCUGAAGCUACUUUAAAGAAGCACCUGCAGUGGCAUCUGGCCAACGCCACCGGAAUGAAUGUUCCAGAACCCAUCUUCUUCAGGAGGAGCCAGUGGCAGAAUAACGUGUGGGUGAGAGGAUCCUACAACUCUUACCUGAAGACGGGUGGAUCCCUGACGAACCGUACGCCCUUAGCUCAGCCUGCCGAAAUAUCCGGAAAACCAAUGCUGCUCUGGGCUGGAGAGCACACGCACAGCACGCGAUACGGAACGGUUGAUGGAGCCAUAGUUACGGGCGAGCGAGAAGCCGACAGGAUCCUCAACUACUGGGAUCAACAAAUGUACACCGCAUACUGAGGCUUUCCUAGUGGUCCAAGCUGAGUUCUGGACUGUGCUGGACAAGACGGACACGAAAAUCCUUUUCCUUCUGGUUUUGUAUCCCUAAUUCAUUAUCAAUUGGCUUAUUGUGUUGGUUAUGUCAAUGUAUGUGUUUUGUUUAAUUCUGUUCAUAAUUGGACCUUUGAUCUUUGCAUAAAGCAAUUGUUGGAAUGGUAUAAAGGUGAUCCAGGUAAUUUCUUCUUUGUGAAAACUUUCUGAAAACGGAAUAGGUUUUAUUUAUCAAUUUGGCGAGCCUGGGUGACCCUGAAUAAAUUAGUUGCAUAAUUCU